UACUCGCAGCUCUGUCCGGUGCACAGUGGAAACAUGUCGGGGAGGAGAGAGCCCAGCGGAGGAACUGCGUUCGUGAAAUGCUCACCUGAGUCUUAAACCGCUUUUCAACCAGGCAGGGCGGACAGUGACUUUUUUAUGCGAGUAAGCAACUGCUUGAGCCUCGUUAUUAUUUCACGGCUACGGGACAGUGGGGAACGAAUGGACGGAUAAAGAAACAGCCGGUGCUUGAUCUGAAGAAGCAGCCUAACAGGCAGGCGGCCGGGGCCGGGUACGGAGGGAGAAAGUGGGGGACAGCGUGUGUGCUCUAAACAAGACGGGGUAGCUCCUUGAAAGGGGAUGUUAUCCGUAUUGUCUUAUGGCAGACUGGUAGCCAGGGCUGUCCUGGGUGGACUCUCUCAGACGGACGGUCGGGACUACAGCCUCAUCAGCGCCAGUUAUGGUUUCGGUAAGGACUUUCGUAAGGGGAUCCUGAAGAAAGGGAUGUGCUAUGGAGAUGAUGCCUGCUUCAUUGCGCGGCACAGGGCAGCAGAUGUUUUGGGUGUUGCGGACGGCGUUGGUGGUUGGCGUGACUAUGGCGUCGACCCAUCUCAGUUCUCGGCCACCUUAAUGAGAACCUGUGAGCGUCUGGUGAAGGAGGGACGCUUCACUCCCAGUAAUCCAGUCGGUAUUCUGACCUCUGGCUACUACGAGCUUCUGCAAAACAAAGUUCCCCUGCUAGGGAGCAGCACAGCCUGUAUCGUGGUCCUGGAUCGACGGAGUCACCGACUACACACAUGCAAUCUCGGGGACUCCGGCUUCCUGGUGGUUCGAGGAGGAGAGGUGGUUCAUCGCUCAGACGAGCAGCAGCACUAUUUUAAUACGCCCUUCCAGCUGUCGAUCGCUCCUCCGGGAGCUGAAGGGGUAGUGCUCAGUGACAGUCCUGAAGCUGCAGACAGCUCCUCCUUCGACGUACAACUUGGUGACAUUAUCCUGACAGCGACUGAUGGCCUCUUUGACAACAUGCCAGACUACAUGAUCCUGCAGGAGCUGCAAAAACUAAAGACUGCAAACUACGACAGCAUCCUGCAAACUGCACAGAGUAUUGCGAAGCAAGCUCACGACCUUGCCUAUGAUCCCAACUAUAUGUCCCCUUUUGCACAGUUUGCCUGUGACAAUGGCCUGAAUGUAAGAGGAGGGAAACCUGACGACAUCACGGUGCUGCUGUCCAUUGUGGCCGAAUACACAGACUAAAAAAAUGUGUGCAAGAGUGUGUGUGUGUAUGUGUGCGUGCUUCUCUAGGGGCUGGUCCUUCCUUCCCACCUGCCUGAGUCUUCCACCUGCAGCCCUCACCUUCCCAUCCCCGCUCCACAAACCACCCCCUUCAAAAAAAAUGCACUGUAUCCUGUGGGCUGGCAGGGAAGGCCCCGUCAAGACAAGGCUGACGUCUACCCUCUUGGAUUUUCUUCCUCUGUUUUGCUUCGGUGCUCAGUUGGUUGAGAGGAAGCAGGCAGCUAGGACCUUUUUUCAUGUUGAUCAUGAUGUGGGAGGAGAACAGCGCUCCGAGGGAUGCCUUUCAGUCUCAUUGCAUUGGUUUUAACAUCUUUUCUGUGAUGGGGCUGUUUGGUCUGACUGAGGGCUUUAAAACCUGGGAGCCUCUCUGUGUAAAAGUGAAAUAAUAAGAGGAGUAAGCCAUGGUGUGGAUCCUUCAGAGAGUAGUUGACUCUGAACCCAGCAAUCUGUCUUCGUUGCUCCAAUCUGUUCCUUGUUGUAAAUGUGGGCUUAUAGGUGGGCUGUGGAAGCUGAUGUUGGAGAAAUGGGGUGUUGAAAGAAAAUCAGAGUUAGGUUUGGGAAUGUGAUGGUAGAGCUUAAAUUGUCUGAGCUUACACAUGAAGGUUGAUCGUCACUUUGCUGGGGGAUCUGUCAUGCACACAUCCUGAUGAGUUGUAAAUAUUUUUGUGUUUUUAGGGCUACGUUCCGGCCUUUCUGUUGUCUUUGCUUUGGUUGUUAAAGCAAACAUAUUUGGUUACAGUUGUGGAAGGUGGUCACAUGCAUUCAUAAAUAUAUUUUCUUGUAUAGAUGUUAAAAUUGGAGUGAGCUUUUUCUAUACCACACUUCCACUCACUGAAAUGAACAAGAAAAUGUGAGACUGAUCGCUGCAGUGUCUACAGGAAGGAUGUUUAAUGCGUGCAUGUGGUGUACAUGUGAGAAGCUAUUGUUGGAGUGCGUGGUGUAUUUAAUGUUAAUAUUUUCUCACAAAGCUAAAGCUAGCAUCUGGGAAUGCUCACAAUUGCAAUGAUAGGUCAGGCAUGAAUUUUAAAGGAAGAGAUGUAUUUUUUUAACGUUAUUUAGUUUUUAAAGUUAGAGUUUGAAUCGUAUGUGUGAUGGAUGAUAAAAAGAUCCUGCUAUCUUAAGAGUUGGGUGCAUGCGUGGAUGUUUUUUGUUCCUUCUCUCCCUUUACAUUGUUUGCUGCUCCCAGUGCAGAUGUCUGUACUACAUGAUUUAUGUAAACACAAUCACCAUGAUUGUAACACAUGCUGCAUCACAUUACAUUAAUCAAAGAUGAUGAAAAUGCUUGUAAUAGUCCGUCCCUUUGUCUAACAGCUCACCCAGGUGGUUUGGACACUGUCUUCAUGGUGGAAAAAAAAAGUCGGUGCACCAAAGACACAUUUUCUGUGUGCGUGAUUGUUGUUUCAAACAUCAAAAACAGCAAUACUGUAAACUCCUUGUGCUCUGAGUUGUGUGUGAUGGCCAGAAGAGUGGGUGGACAUGUUCAGAGGGACAUUGAAAUAUAUUUUCUAUGCUUACAGUGGUUUUAUCAGAAAAUAAAGUGUAUCAUAUUUAAGUUAUACGCGACUGGUUGCAACAAAGUACAAGACAGGUUUUUGAAACCAAAGAAGGAAAGCCAUAUUUAAACAUGACUGCUCUGUGAGCCCUGCUGUAAAAACAUGUUUUCUCAUAUACUUUAUGAAGACAAUUAUCUUAUCUGUCCUUCUGUCUCCACUGUUCUUUAUGCAUGAUUUCUGCAACACCAUUUAACAUUUGCUCCUGUUGUUAGAACGGUUUAAUAAUGCUGUAUUAAGGUUCUGAACUUGUAUUUUCAACUAAAGCCCUAUAUUUAGACAGAAACAUGGAUCCCACAUGCAGAAAGAAGCAGUGGCCUGAUAGUUAACGGUGCUGUGAACUUCAUGUGUGAGGGCGAGCACAGUUUCAGCCUUAACAAAUAGCUAGACCUGUAAUCAAGAGGCCUUUCCUGUCAUUGCAAGCUUGUUUCAUCCUGGUCAUGUUGUUCAGCAAUCGAUGUAAAUGAAGUCUGCCCGUCUCUUUCUGUAAAGCCGUUCUCAAAGGUGCUUCUGCAGUCUGUAUGGUAUGUUUGUCCUCUUUCAGCAAGCGAUGUUUGUGUGUACGAAAGAUACACUUAUGUCUACUGUGUAACAAUGCAGGUCUAAUUUCUGUAAAUAUGUUUUAAAAUAUGUACAAUAUUUAAAUAAAGAAUCUAGUAUUUAUACUAAA